AUAAAAAAAAACUCCAACAAGCUCAGCUAUGUUGGAAGCUUAGCAAUCUCCAUUGCUCUGGCUUUUGAUUCGAACCCAAAAAAAAAUAAAAAAUAAAAAAUAAAAAAUAUUCAGGGAUCCAAACAAGAAGAAAACAGAAUUUGUACAAAGAAAAAUUUACAAAAAGAGAAAGAAAUUAUGGAGAAGACGAAGAUGAUUGCGUGUUAUGUGUUCCUCGUAUGUUUUGUCUCUCAGAUUCCAAACUUGAGAGGCAAAAUCGGAGAGUACGAUGAUUACCUGAGAAAGCAAGAAGCAGAAGCUCAAGAACAAGCUCUCAGGGCCUACGAUCCAGAAUUCGACCAAACCGUCAAGAAAUUCGAUCACAACGAUCCCUCUCACCAAAAUGCUACGAUAAGUAUAAAGGGAGGAUACAGACCGAACAAGAACACAACAUCCACAAGAAGAAGCCUAAGAGGAAGGGGAAACUGGAAGAAGAUUGCAGGGCCAUGCAAGGCAACUAACCCUGUGGACAAAUGCUGGCGCUGCCAAGCCGAUUGGGCCCAAAACCGGAAGAGGCUCGUCUCCUGCGUCCGAGGCUUCGGCCACAAGACCACCGGAGGAUUUUCCGGAAAGUUCUACAAAGUCACCGACCCCUCGGACGACGAUAUGCAGAACCCCAAACCUGGAACAAUUAGACAUGCGGUGAUCCAGAAGGUACCCUUGUGGAUAAUCUUUGCAAGGAGCAUGCACAUAAGGCUGAAGCAGGAGCUCAUGAUCACAAGCAACAAGACGAUCGAUGCUCGAGGAGCGAACGUUCAUAUCGCGUUCGGGGCCGGAAUCACGAUACAGUUUGCUCAGAACGUGAUCAUACAUGGACUGCAUAUUCAUCACAUUGUUACUAGCAAUGGAGGUAUGAUCAGAGACUCCGUCGACCAUAUCGGGAUCAGAACUCAGGCUGACGGAGAUGGGAUUUCGGUUUUCGGGUCAUCGAACGUUUGGUUGGAUCAUCUCUCGAUGUCGAGGUGUCAAGAUGGGCUGAUCGACGUUAUACAAGGAUCUACAGCCAUCACCAUAUCUAACUGUCACUUCACACAUCACAACGAUGUGAUAUUGUUGGGAGCGAGCGAUCAAUUCUCGGGGGAUUCGAUAAUGCAAGUGACGAUAGCUUAUAACCAUUUCGGGAAAGGAUUGGUGCAGAGGAUGCCGAGGUGCAGAUGGGGAUUCGUCCAUGUCGUGAACAAUGACUACACUCACUGGGAAAUGUAUGCCAUCGGUGGGAGCCAACACCCUACCAUCCUCAGCCAAGGCAACCGUUUCAUCGCUCCUCCUCACAUCUCCUGGGCCAAACAGGUGACGAAGAGAGAUUACGCGCAGCCAUCGGAGUGGAAAAGGUGGACGUGGCAAUCGGAGAUGGACGUGUUCAUGAACGGAGCCUACUUCGUGGAAUCUGGAGAUCCAAACUUCAAGCACAAGUUCACCAGACAAGACAUAAUCAGAGCCAAGCAUGGAAUGGCGGCUUCGAUGCUGACGAGGUACGCUGGUUCCCUUCAUUGCUUCGCCGGCAAGCCAUGUUGAAUCUGCUCCAAGACUCUCGGAACUUGAUUAGUGUCCGGACAGAGACAGGAUCAGAGGGUUCUGGUUGGCUUCGCCUUAUUGCUUCUCAGGUGAUGUCACAGACGACUCAAGUCGUCUUCUUUUUCACGUCCCUGGAAGUUAUGUACAUUAUUUCUCGUUCUUUUUUUCCCUGACGUUUUCUAUUUGUUCAAUUUUUUUACGAAUUUUGUAACACUGAGGAAUGUAAAAGAUGUUCCCAGCUUAAAUUUUGGUUAAUAAAUACCAUUCGAGAGGUGACCA